AUGACAGAGAAGGCGAUGAACUGCUCCAAUCUCCUGCACAUGAUUCAGAUGAUGAGGAACUGCACGGGCGGGUCAGUGUGUUUCAUGAGGGCCUUUGUGGCCCCUCUGUCCUGGGACACCCUGGUAAUGAAUGUGACAGACCUCGCCCCAGAGGAUUUCACCCUGCUCCUCUGGGGGGCGGAGCCCUACCUUCAGAACAUCCCGUCCCCUCUCCUGACCCUGCCUCAGCAACUGCUCCCCGCACAGCUGACUGAGAUCAUGAAGUUAUUCAAUGAGUUGUUCACUUCCCUUUCUCUGGGCCAUCGAGUUCAUAUCUCUCACUGGGCCAAGCAGCAAGUUGCCCAGAACUACUUCAACUGCACAUUGGACCCCCUCUUGGGUUCCAAACCCAAAUCCCAGUCUGAGCACUGCCCCGCCACUAUGGAGUGGCUGAGGGCGGAUGUGAUGGAAGUCAUGGGGCGCUUCCUUACUCUGCUACCGUCCUCUGAAUUUGAAGCCGUCCCUAAAGAGGAGCUCUGCCCGUUCUUUCUGUCGCCCUCAUUCCCCAAUGCCUUCAGUGGGGUGGGGCCUCUAACCCCCUCCCUGGCCAGGACAGUCCUUCGCAGGGUGAUGGAGGAGUGUGUCCAUGACAACCAGCAGCUCCUCCAACACCUGGGCAGACUGGGCUCCCUGGCGUGUUUCUACGGCGAUGUGUCAUCUCUCAAUGCGUUUUCCAGUAAGGCCCUUCUCUCUAAGCUCAGUGAGUGUGGGAACACUGAAAGCAGCAAGCUGAAGAAGGAGCUGGUGAUGCGGGUGGUGUCUGAGGAGGGUCACUCUGUGGCCACGCUGCUGCAGCUGGCUGCGUCAGCCACGUCGACCCUGUCGCUCCCUCAGCUGGCCCUGCUGCCCGUCUCUGAGCUCCGGGCCUCCCUGUCCUCCCUGGGCCGGGCCCGGUGGCACCCCGCGCAGGCCCGCAUGCUGGCCAACACGCUGCUGCAGGGGAUGCAGUCCGUGCCUGGUCAGGAUCUGCUGUCUCUGGGGUCAGUGGUGCGAGGGGUGGGCAGCGCGGUUCUGCGGAGGGUUGGACCCCAGGGCCUGCUGGGUACAGACGGGCUGAACACCCUGAGCCAGGAGCUGUCUGAACUGCAAAGGACAGCCCUGCUGGAGGGGUUACACAGUAACACAAGUGUGUCAGAGGUGGUACGGUGCGUCUCUGGUCCCCUGCUGUCCAGCCUGUCGCUGUCUGCCCUGUCACAGGCACACCUGCAAACUGUGGACCAGCUGGAGGGGCGGAAUUGGACUCGGGCACAGUCUGCCUUUCUGGUGAAGAAGAUUUUAGGCAAGACGUUAAGACCUGAGGAUAUUGGGAGGCUGGGCUCAGCAGUGCAGGGUGUGACCUGUGAGAUGAUUGACAGCCUUAAUGAGACUGAGGUUCUGGCCGUGGUGCAGACGCUGACACAGAGUGCAGCCUGGCUCUCCAAAACGCAGGUGCGCUGUGCAGCGAAGAAGCUGUUCCAGAGUUUGGAGAGCAAGAGAGAAAACUACUUCAGCAACAUCACAGACCCUGAGCUGAGCGCCAUCCCUGCUCUGCUGCUGCUCCAGCUUGCUCCGGAGAAGAUAGCAGGUCUCCCGGAUGCAGUGUGCCCCUGCUUCCUGGAGAAACUGUCCCAGACUGACCUGUCCUCCCUGCCCCACAGUUCCAUCUCUCGCCUCAGGCUGACAGACAGAGCACUGAGCUGCCUGGGGAAGAACCUGUCAGCAGUGACCCCUGCUGACAUCACUAGCCUGGGGCCUCUUGUGUGUGAGCUGGAAGCCUGGCGUCUCUCUGGCCUGGCCCCUAAUGCCCUCAAUGCCAGUCUGUUGUCCCUGACCAAGUGCCCCCGAAUUCACCCUAUCUUUAGUGGGGCCAUCUUUGAACUUGUCCGAGCAACAUAUGGAGACCCCUCGGACUGGUCCUUGGGCACAAUGACAUCACUGGGACCACUCCUCCUGCUGAAUGACUCUGCCCUUAUGUCAUUACCAUAUAAGCCUUGGCUGAAAACGGCCCUAUCAGAUCUCCUGGACAGCCUGCCUCCCACCCCCUCCCCUCGCCCACCGGAGGAGUUCAUCACCCAGCCAGACCUCUCAGCCCUGCACCAGAAGCUCUUCUCCCUCUCCACCACCACUGCACCACCCAGUACCAGAGUCCAGCAGUGGAUGGAAGACCCCUCCCUCAAAGAACCCAUGCUGCUGGCGAUUGAGGAGCUAGGCGAGAGGAAUAUGCAUUGGACCCCAGAUCAGCUGUUAAGCAUGUGCACCAAGACCUUCGUGGAGGGUGUGUCCAAACUGGGCCAAGUCUGCCACUACAGCCCCCAGCAGCUGCAAGCACUGAGGAGCAAGACCAUCCAGGUGUGGGGUCCGCUGAACUCCCUGACUGAGUUACAGGUACUGCAGCUGGGCUGUGUGUCUCAGGGCUUCUCCCCCACAGAGCUGCAGGAACUCAACAUCACGUCCCUGGACACGCUGGAGCUGCUCUCCCCCUGCAGCUGGGCCCAAGCCCAGAGAGAGGCCGUGUUGCGGGGGUUCAUGAGGAGGACUGGCCUCACGGCUGGAGCUCUGGGCACAGUGGAAAUGGUGGGACUGGGCCAGUUCAUCUGUGGACUGAGCCCUCAAGAGGCAGAGCAGCUCAACACUGAUCCCUUCAGGGAAGCCCUGGCAGCAGUGGGCAGAGUCCAGUGCACCCAGGACAUGGCCGAUCGACUGAAGGAGAAGGUGCUGGUGUUGUUCGGAGAGGUGGGAAACUGGACUGAAGCCCAGGUCAACACCAUGGGAAAUAUCAUCGCGGGUCUGAACGCAUCGGAGCUGCAGAGGCUGAAACCUGCUGUUCUUCCCUUCAUCGCUCAGACGGCUAUUCCACUCAUUCCUCCAGAGCGGCUGGCUGCAUUCUCACCCAGUCAGCUGCAGGCCCUGGGUCCUGACAACGCUGCCAUGGUGACUGAUGCCCAGCACAAAGCACUGGCGAUGGAGCAGUACGUGGCUCUGGGCAAGGCUCUGGGGGUGACUUACGUCCGGGUGGAGGUUGCUACAACAGUGAAACAACCAAUGCCAGUAGCAGCAAAAGCUGGUGAGUAA